AUGGGCUACAUCUCCAACAACAACCUAAUCAACUAUUUGGCCUUCUCUACUACUAAACCUCAUCUUCUAUCACAAUGUCUCAAAAAUCGACAAAAUCAUCAUCAACACCUCAUUAACGGCUCAGAAAAUAACUCGGCGGCGGUUGCGUCGUCGAGAUGGAAUCCUACGCCGGAGCAGAUCACAGCGCUGGAAGAGAUAUACAGAAGGGGAACACGGACGCCUACGACAGAACAAAUCCAACAGAUAGCAUCUAAGCUCAGUAAGUAUGGCAGAAUCGAGGGCAAAAACGUUUUCUAUUGGUUUCAGAACCACAAGUCUAGAGAGAGACUUAAGCGACGCCGUUGUGAAGGAGAUAAUGAUAUUAACAGCGUUCAUGAACCACUUAAAGACGUCAAGGAUUCAUCAUCAGGUGGUUAUCGAGUUGAUCAGACAAAGAUCUAUGCAUCUUUUCCACACACAAACCAACAACCACAGAAUGAAUUAGUUCUGCCUAAUCUAAUCAAUAAUGAAGAUCACUGUAAGACUGAAGAAUCAGAAAGGGCAUCGGAUGCAGGCAAAGAAGCCAUGUGUGGAAAUCUUGUUGCUUCAUUCGUAAAUCAAGAACCAGGAGAGAUUAAUAUCGAAGAAGAUAGAUACAAUGUCAGGGGAGAAGUACAAGAAGAAGAAGAAGAGAAAACAAGGGAGAUCCGAACUUUAAAUCUCUUCCCGGUACUGGAGAACCAAGAGAAAACCGACUGGUUUGCAGAGAAGAAGAAAGCAAAUGCAAACCGAAUGUGUUACAACUAUCGUUACUACUAUGAGUUCAUGCCUUUGAAGAAGAACUAAACCAGAGCACAUGUGUUAGUAAUAAAUUAGAUAAUGGAUUUAGUGAAGUAUUUUUUUGUUGUUUGUCGAGA